CGUCCCGCUCCUUUCGUCACUCGCUCGUCGUCGCCCCUCCGCUUCUCGCUUGCCGUUAAGCAAAAGCGAGCGGCGCCUCUCCCUCUGGACCUCUUCCCCUCUCCUCCCCCGCCCCGAAAUGCCCCCGAAGAAACAACCCGCGGCGGCGGCGGCGGCGGCGGCGGCGGCGGGGAGUAAAAAGGCGGAUCAGAAGAAGAAGGAGAAGAUAAUCGAGGACAAAACAUUUGGCUUAAAGAAUAAGAAAGGAGCAAAACAGCAAAAGUUUAUCAAGGCAGUGACCCACCAGGUUAAAUUUGGUCAGCAGAACCCACGGCAGGCUGCUCAAGCAGAUGCUGACAAAAAAUUAAAGAAAGAUGAUAAGAAGAAAGAAUUGCAAGAACUGAAUGAGCUUUUCAAACCUGUAGUUGCUGCCCAAAAAAUCAGUAAAGGAGCAGAUCCAAAAUCAGUAGUCUGUGCCUUCUUCAAGCAAGGGCAAUGCACAAAAGGAGACAAGUGCAAAUUCUCUCAUGACUUGUCUUUAGAGAGGAAGUGUGAAAAGAGAAGUGUUUACAUUGAUGCACGAGAUGAGGAUCUUGAAAAAGACACAAUGGAUAACUGGGAUGAAAAAAAGCUGGAGGAGGUAGUGAACAAGAAGCAUGGGGAGGCUGAAAAGAAAAAACCUAAAACGCAAAUAGUGUGCAAGUAUUUCCUUGAUGCUAUUGAAAACAAUAAAUACGGCUGGUUUUGGGUCUGUCCUGGUGGAGGAGACAAUUGUAUGUACCGCCAUGCACUCCCUCCUGGUUUUGUGCUGAAAAAGGACAAAAAGAAGGAAGAAAAAGAAGAAGAAGUUUCUUUAGAAGACUUAAUAGAAAAAGAGCGUUCUGCCUUAGGACCAAAUGUCACUAAAAUUACUUUAGAGUCUUUUCUUGCAUGGAAGAAAAGAAAAAGACAAGAAAAGAUUAAUAAGGCUGAACAAGAUAUGGAAAGAAGGAAAGCGGACUUUAAAGCUGGUAAAGCGUUGGUGAUCAGUGGACGUGAAGUGUUUGAAUUCCGUCCAGAACUGGUUGAUGCAGAUGAUGAAGAAGCAGAUGACACCCAUUAUAUUCAAGGCACAGGAGAAGAUGAGGUUGAUGAACUUGUGCGUGUAAAUGAUAUCGACUUGAAUCUUUAUGUUCCAAAAGCUGUGGAUGAGACUGGAAUUACUGUAGCUAGUCUGGAACGAUUUAGCACAUACGCUUCUGCUGAGAAGGAUGACAACAAGUUAAGUGAAGCUUCAGGGGGUGGACUUGAAAAUGGAGAGCAAAGUGAUUUAGACCCUGACAGUGACACAGAAAGCAACCUGGAAAAUGGUGUAAUUGAUGCCGUACCUGUUGAUGAAAAUCUGUUUACUGGUGAGGACUUGGAAGAACUAGAAGAGGAACUAAACACACUUGAUUUAGAGGAAUGAAACAAAUCAAAUACUGUCUUCAUCUGGUUUAUCUAGAAUUCUUAAAUGGAGUGUUCUUGGUUCCUCAUGUGAUUCUGGAGAGAACAUUAAAGGAGAAAUAUUUCCCCAAUUUUCUGAUUCAGUCUUAACCAGUUUCAUAAUAAACUAUCCAUGCAAUACACUGAAAGGAUUCCUUUAAUAUACAGUGACAUUGUAAUGAAAUCUCGGUAUGUAAUGUUAAAGACUAGCUAGUUUUCCACAGUGUAUGAAGGGGAAUGUUGCUGUCAGGUCCUUGAGGAGAUCAAAGCACAACUGCAUCUGUAAUAAGUAUGCUUGCGUGAUUUAAGUUCAAGAUGCAUACUGUAAAAUGAAAGUGAUAACAGAUUGAAAUGGCUGUCCUCUCAUAAGUGCUGAAAUUGAUCAGAAAUUCUAAUGCAAACAUGCUCAAGAUAGAGACCCAUAAAGUGGCAAUCUACUAUGGGGCUCUGUUUUUAAUAUUAAACAUAACUGACAGAAGUGCAAAAUAAAGACUAUCUGAUUGAA